AUGAACCACGAAGAACUAAUGGAUGAAGAUACUCCUAAGCACUCAAAAGUUCUGACUAUGCAGAUGAAAGAAAUGGAUCUCAAAGAUGCUCUUCGACUCUUUAGCAUCUAUGCUUUUAAGAUGGACUAUCCUCCUGUGGACAACCUUGAUCUUUCCGUUAUGGGCCAACUUCCUUUAGCUCUUGAAAUCAUUGGCUCCCAGCUCUGUGGUAAGCGCAAAGAAGAAUGGGAAGAUAAAUUAAGCGCAAUAUCUAGAAUACCUCAUGAGAACAUCCAAAAAAAGCAAAUGAUAAGCUAUGAAGCUCUGGACUAUCGUACAAAGCAGAUAUUUCUUGAUAUUGCUUGUUUGCCUGUUCUCAUGGAAAAAGCGUGA